AUCCCUACUGUAAAUAUGACUCAAACACCAGGAUCUUUUGCACCUCCUCUCUAUGAAGAUGUAACCAGUGGUGAUGGAAACCAAUUCCGUUCUCAUGAAGGUGAACCACCCACAAGCCAAAGCAACUGGAAUGCUACUGCCAUUUCGGAAGAUGUUGCUAAAGAAGUGUUUGCUGAAUAUGCAGCAAGUCACUGUUGCUACAGCAAAGAUCCAGCCAAAGAGAUGGUGAUUUCCGAUUCAAAGUCAUUCAAUACCUACAGAUAUCGUUUGGAGACUUUCAGUGAAUUAAGGAUUUGUAAAUGGAAGACAGUACCUUAUCAGGAUGAACCUGUCGAUCCCAGUCUGCGGGCCUAUGCUCCUUACCCUUGGGAUGUCCAAGUGGAGGUUUCUCCCAUGUUUAAAGACCAGAAAAAGAAAGUCAUGGUGCCCCGUACAUCAUCAGUAAAGGUUUGUGGAAGGUGCAGUGGUCGGGGUAAAGUUAGAUGUCACAGAUGUCAUGGAAUGGGACGGGUACAUUGCACCACUGGAAAUCAACACACAACCAGCAUGUGUAUUAUGUGUGGUGGUUCAGGAAGAGUAACAUGCAGCACAUGCUCAGGAAGAGGAAAACUGCUGACAUACCUUCAGCUAAAAGUAAAAUGGACAAAUCACAUUUUUGAAUAUGUGAUGGAUCAUGGCAGUGGGUUUCCAAUAAAGCAUUUCGACAAAGUUUAUGGACAAGAAAUGUUAUUUGAUGAGCAACGCAUGGUUUUUCCAGUGAUGAAUUUCUCCGAAAAUACCAUAAAUGAAGUCUCUCGGAGUGCUGUUGAACAACACCGAGCUCAGUUCAUAACGCCAGGACAAGAGCAUCUUCAUGAUCAUGGAACUGCCACCUGGAAUGCAAUUGAGCAUCCUCAAGCUAAGUUUGAACCCACAAUGUGCAUUCGGAGGCAGAAGCAAAUAAUUGAGUUGUUAUACCUUACCAGAGUGGAAUAUGAAUGGCAUGGGAAACACUAUUCUUACUUUGUUUAUGGAAAUGAACAGAAGGUGUAUUCAGAGUAUUAUCCCAAAAAGGGGUGCUGCUCUGUGAUGUGAUUUAUGGACCUUCCAACUAAUCUCUCUCGUUCACAAAUUUUGUAUGAUUGUUCUUCCUCCAAAAGUAGUUUAUAUGAAGGAUAUUGUUCCUUUUCAAAAGGAAUAUUUUGCUGAGCAAAUAAUUUUUUUAUGUUUAUUUAUACCUGGCUUUUCCCCUCCACAAUGGAGACUAAAAGCAGAAAAUUCAAAUUCCAAUUAAGGGAUGUCAGUCUGUAAUAUCCAGUUUGAUAUAAAUAGAAAUCCACUUUUGGCUAUAACAGUCAGAAAUGGAGCUGAUUAUAUAUCCUUCCUUUUCUCUCUCCCUUUUCUCUGUAUCCCUCCCUUCUGAAAUAAGAUUACACUUUGAGGAAUAUCUUAGUAAUAUUAAGAACAAGAAAUCAAAUAUUUCUUUUAGCCAACCACUUCAUAAGGCAAAUUAUUCCUUUAAUGAUCUGCAAGUCUAGGUACUGGGUAAACAUUUUUCCAAAGGACCACCUACUACAAUGCAACCUGAGCUGUGCUACAUGCACAAUGGAGGACCUUCUCACAGCAACACCAGAGGCACGCCAAGUGACCAGCUUCUGGUCAAAGGACAUUUAGCACAAUGCCAAGUUUUUAAAACUUUGUUUGUGGUUUUAAAUGCAUUUUAACUGUACCCUCAACUUGCUUCUGACAUGAUAAAUAAAUA